AGGCACAACCUCAUCAGAUUGACUGGAUACACAUCCACCAACUAUCUAAUCCAUGACCAUGUAGCUUAGCUAUGGCCAUCAAGAGAAAAGCAACCUUGGAUGAUUUCCUUGGUCAAACUGUCAGCAAGACCACUACCACUACCAAAAGGCUCAGCCUUGGAUGGGGAGCAUGGGAAAAGUACUACCAACAUGGCCGGGAUCUGGCCCGGAAUGGCAAAUAUGCAAAUGCCAUUGAAGUCUUGAGUGAGGCCCUACUACAAAAGAAUGCAGAUUCUAUGAAGAUCAUGGACAGCCGGUCUGCAGUCUACUGUAAGAUGGCUUUGUAUGAGAAAGCCCUUAGUGAUGCAAAGCAUAUGAUCAAAGCUGCUGCUAAGGAUGAGCGGGGCUAUCUCCGUGCUGGUAAGGCCCUUCUUUUGGAUCAAAAACCAGAAAAAGCUCUUGAUGUUUAUGCAUAUGCAUUGAAAAACCUUGGUGAAGAUCAUCCACAACGGGAAGCAGUAGCAAAGAUGCACACCAAACUCACAACCAAAAUGUCGUCACUGAAGCAAGACCCGAUCUUUGCUCUGAACCAUGACUGUUUGUUGGAGGUAUUCAAACAUGUCCCCUUUCGACAGGUAGUCUCCGCGACUCGCGUAUCAAAGGCUUGGCACAUUUUUAUCAAGGACCAUCCGAGUCUGUGGCUUAAUAUCUCUUUUCGAGGUUCCCGGCCACCAGUAAGCUCUGAAAUCGUAAAGGCCUGCAUCCGCAACUCUCAGAAUAGGGUCAAAACAUUGCAGCUUCACAACGUGAGGGACCCUCUGAAUGCUGCCCGGCAGGCUUCACAGUGCCCACAGCUUGAACACCUUGACUUAAACCUGCCCCUGACUGAACAUCACGUCUUCUAUCACUUUCGCCACAAGCACACGCUGAAGACAUUGAUCCUAUCUGAGAAGAUACCUUUAUCUGACAACAUGCUUUGGACCCUGGCCGAACUACCGAACCUUGAGCGCCUAGAGGUGUAUCAAGUCGUAUGGGUGGGUGAACCUCAAGUGUCAGACGUGGGUACGGUCCCCAAUCUCAAAAUCCUGACCUUGAACAUGAAGCGUACUACUCAGCAACUCGGUUCUCCGGGUUGGUACAAACCCUUCUGGAUUCCAGGGAGUGUACCAGCUAUGGCUACCAUCGAUGAUCUGCACACGCGAGACACAUACUUUGACGUGAUUCCAAAGCUUGAAGAACUUCGUUUGGGCGCAGCUUUUGAGCGGGAGCAGCCUGAGUCACGCCUACAGCUCUGCCUUGAUGAUAUCUGCCACCCAAACUUGCGACUCAUUCAUCUUUCUAAUAUCACCUUGUACGGUACUUGGGCCUGUCCAGACACCGUAGAGCAUCUGUGCAUCAUUGAUUGCGCUAAGCAUCCGGCACGUUCUACUAAUGCUCCAUUGAGGCUCACCGAACUGAAGACUCUGGUUUUGCAUCGUCUCGACUGGCUUGAUCACGAUAACCUUGCGCUCAUUCUGGAGCAUAAUGGUGGAUCCCUUGAGACUCUGCAAAUCGAACAAUGCGACAAUUUCUACGCAAACGACAUUCUAAAUGUUGCAUUAGCCAACCCGAUGGCUGUCAAGAACGUGAAGAAGCUCCAUCUCCAUGGAAUGAGGCUAUAUCAACUUGACAACGCAGCUCUCUUCCCACUACUCGACUUAAUGCCACAUCUGGAGGAACUCCAUAUACCUAAUACCAGUGUGACUGGAACGUUGAUCAGGAGAAUUUUGGAGAAUCGCAUGGUCCCAAUCGAGCUUCUUAACCUCAGAGGCUGCUCAGAAGUCUCACCUGAAGCGGUUGAGUAUGGACGCGCAGGAGGGCUGAAGAUUAUCAGAUACUGAAGGAUAACCCCGAUAUGCUUGGAGCUGGAGAUUGGAGCUGGAUUAUUAGACACUGGAGGGCAACACCGGUGUGAAUCAGGAAGGCUUGAGCUGGAGGUUAUCAGAUACUGAAGCCCAAUCAAUACAGAUGGGUUUGAGAUGUGUCGAUCAGAAUGUUGUAAUGAUUAAUGACUUGUGUCUUCCAUUCUUGGCAGCGACUUGUUGGUUUCCUUUUUUCUUUUCUUCUCUUGUUUCAUAUGUGGCCAUCCGAUUUGGGCUGACCUGAGCAAUUUUCCUCGGGUUGCAUGUCCUUAGUGAUGAAAGAGGGAGUUGACAACACCCGUGGGAACUAAUUAUCUGGUCUAAUGAUGAAAAUGACCUGUCCUGAACUUCUACAACUUCAAUAUCUUGCAGCUAACUGGGA